ACAGCGCACAGUUUUGUUGCGGUCUGUUACUUUGAGAAGUGCAAGGUGAGUACAUGCCUUCGACUUUAUGUACUUGUAUUGUCGGGAAUAUCCCACAGCCAAAUUUAAAACUUAAAAAAAACAUAUUUUACGAUUUAAUCGAUAAAUAAAUGAGUAUUACCCGCUGUUCCGCUCGCGUGGCCAUGCACGAUUAUUGAAGUCGGUCUUUUAUCACAACAGGUGUGUGUAUAACGCACACAAUUUUAGGCUGCUGAAGUAAUGGCUUUCCAAAGUAUUAAAGACUUUUCCCUCGAGCUGGACGGUCCGGGGGAUGCUGUGUACCGCAGUGGAGAGAUGGUGACAGGUGUGGUGGUCCUGGAGCUGAACCGGGAGAUUAAAGUCCGAGCUUUGGGUGUUCAGGGACGAGGGGUCGCCACAGCCCACUGGCUGGAAAACCGCAGUGUUGGAGUGAACACCGUCUACAACGACUAUACCUCCAGGAUCACUUAUUUCAGAAAGAGACAACAUCUUAUUAGAGUGACCAAGUAAUGAGGCUGAAGAUAGAAAAUGGGCCAUCAAAGUCAAUGCUUUGUCAGGCAUGAAAACGUCAACUCACAGAAGUGGAAAGUAUUCAAGGAAAUGUGAUCUGACAAUAUUCUUCAUGUCAUCUGUGUCUGCUGUUCUCAUCUUUCUGCAUUUUAAAUAUAUACCAAUAUCAGCCGUGUUGAUUAUUCAAUUAAUAUUUGAUAAAGAAUUCAUCUUUUGUCACCCUUUACCAAACAAAUAAACAGAAAAUAUAAAAGUAUAUAUAUUUGUGAGUGUAAGACAAAUACUGCGUUACUUCGUUUGGUACAGGACACACCACAGUAUCAGUUUAAAGUGUUGUUUAUUGUUAUCUAAAACUACAGCUUGUGUUUUGGCAGCACAGAGAUGAUAAUAUUCAUGUUGUAAUGUGAACGUCACACCACUAGAGGGAGAACAAAACCGCAUCUGUAACAGAAAGACUAAAUAAACACUCAAACUGUCCUCCGUGAGGUGGCGAUAGUAUCCCUGAUGUAACAAAGAAACAACUUAUGUUGUUUCCUGUACUUUUAUAGCGCUGUAUUUUAAGAAGAGCUUUUGGAGUUUUGCUCAAACGCUUGUUCGCAAAGGAUCAGUUUGAAAUUGCGUUUUAUU